GGUACGCCGAGAAACGAUGUACUGAGGAAGGUAUUUGGUUCGCAAUGGGAAAUAGUAGCAAGCCUCAGAGAAGCGAGUGGACAGACUACACAAGAUGUUUGGAUAAAAAUAGCCUGUUUGUUUCCAUCUACUUGGGUCUUGCCUGCAACAUUGCCAGUAUAGCGCUUCUUCUGCCUGCCACAGGGAUAUUCAUUACAUAUAGGUCAUUAAGAAAACAGCAUCGUAUACGACUGCACAUCAAUCUGUUCGUGGCCCUAAUGUUCUCCAACAUUCUAACGGUCAUGUGGGAAAUGCUAGUGGCACACGAAAAACUCACUGGCUCCAGCACCUCGUUUAUUUUCCAGAACGCGAAUGCAUGUAACCUACUCGCCUUUCUGCGCCUGUAUUCCCGCAGUACUACAUACGUGUGGAUGUUCUGUGAGGGAUUCUACUUGCAUCGUCUUAUCAGCAAUGCUUUCAAACCGCCGAAAUCGUUGCUCUUUUUGUACCUGAUUGGCUGGGGUUUCCCUUUAGCCUACACAACAGUUUACGGCAUUUUACGACUUGUCUACGCCAAUGAAGCAUGUUGGAUCAAAAGCACUGGGCAUCUGCAGUGGAUACUUUACGCUCCCAACCUCUUUUGUUUAAAG